UAUUUUUUUUAUAAAUAUCGCACACAUUAUUUAGGCCUACCCAUAAUGCCAAAUAAUGUUGGCAGGUCAACAUGACGCGAAAGAAGAUGGCGGAAAAUACAAAUCGUUAAAAUGAGCCCGGAAUGCUACGUAGGCUACGUGUUCCUUGAGCUUUUCAUAAUAAUUUAAAUAAGUAGUAAUUGACUCAGUUGGGAGGCUGGAUAUUCUGUCGUGUCAGGCACAUUCAUUACCAUGCUUCCACAGUGGUAUAGCCAAGUAGUCACUAUCAUUUUUAUAGCGAUAGACUUGCUGCUUGUUAAUAGCCAGCAUUGCUCGUGGCUGGUUGAUGUAACAACAUUUGAAGAACCAUUCAGGCAGACAUCUGUAAUACAUGAUGACGUGGAGUUAGUGUCAUUACAAAAUUUCCUGGAAAACCAAUUUGAAGUUAAAACUAUGCAACCUUUAUACCAGGAGGUGUACAAAGCAUUUCCUUAUUACAUACGUCUACAAAUUACCUGUGGACAAACUAUUUCUUCAAGUAAAGCUAGAACAGUCGCUCAGCAAGGGCUGUCUCCAAAAGUUACAAUUACCUACGAUUCAAACCACAUCACAGGCCAUCUCUCCAGCAUUUUGUACAACGUAGAACAUGGGGCAUUGGUCGAUCUGGCCUACCUCGAAUUUGGAGAUUGUGAUUUUGAGAUGUGUCAGCCAUCGUGGAUUGUACCGCUGCCGUUUCUUUAUCAUACCACUAAGAUGCAAGUAAAAAUAGACUUACCUGGCCAUGAUACUAUUGUCCCAGACAGUCUGGUUGUAUAUCUCAAUGGGUAUUAUCCUGAUCAUGAGCAAGGCCCUAUUUUCUUUCGUGAUGAAAACUCAACUCACAUGCUACUCCGACAGUUGCAGUCAAGUCAUCAUCACUACGCUAUACAGACCGUGACUUUGUCAACAGCAAGUCUACUUGUUGGUGGCUUUGAAAACUCUCAUCAAAUGAUUUUAACUGAAGAUGGAUUUAAAACAAUAUUGACAAUGGAGAUCCGGUUAAAUUCACAAGACUUUGUCUGUCCAUAUUCAUCCGCACACGUUAAGAGUAUCGCAACACUCCUCGACCGACUGUUGUUCAACACAGCUGCAGGUAUCUUUGAAGUAUUUGCUAGUUACGAGACUCUGAAGAUGGUGGAAUUGCCAACUCGUCAACUUAAUCUGCCAGCACGGUGCUACAAGAAGAUGGUGGUAGUAGAGUACGCAUUUAAUAGCGUCACUCAUGUGUUGGCUGUCAGUACUGAUAAUCAGGUGUUUGAUGCGACGUUAAUGUUUGGUGAAGCUUUACAAUUUGAAAGAGUGCAUGAUGCCAAUGGACACGACCCAUGCCAACUACAUGGAGGUUCUGAUUGCUCAGUGGUUUCAGCAGGUCUGUCUGGAACUGAAGACAAUUUGUACUUAUUUCUAAUUAAGUCAUCCUCAAAUUAUUCAGUCAUUCAAAUGAAAGACUCAAUGAUGACGAUAGUACCUGUGGUUGAGAGUAGUAUAGACUUGCAUGGUUCUACCAACUUGUAUUUGCAAGAUGCAAGUCUCACUACAUAUCAGUCACCUCAUCUCUUUGUCUGGGGCAACGUGAUUCUUCACAGCAAUGACCUAGGUAGAUCCAUUUCACAGCUGCACCAGUAUACCUCCACUGCAAAUAUCAGCUUAUUCAUUAGUUCUCCGAAUACGCCACAUUUUGCAAUGUUGAACCAGUUGAACGAGAUAUGGUAUGGAUUGACUGGUGACACCGUGUCCCUGGUAAGACUAAGACCAAGUGCUGGUUGGUCGUUGCUUCACUCUCUACCAACAAAUGAACAUAGCUAUGAAUUCUGGGAGGAAGCAUCCACUGUAUCAGUGUUCUAUGAUUCUGAGACUGUGUUACAAGAGUUGAUUCUGUUUGAAGAAGAUGGAAUUUUGCACCUAGAACCUCACAUUGUUCCAGUAGGCAAAAUACUGCAACAUCACAUGUUCCUUACAAAUUUUGAAAUCAAUUCAAUUGAUAGGUCAAAAAACAUGACUAUGUUUGUGCAGAGCCGGUGCCCUUUCACAGAGCAUUGGUUUGAAUACCAUGAUAGUGCAAGUUAUGAACGAUUAGAAUGGUUCCUUUUCAACACCCCACACCUGACGUGGGCAAGCCAAGUUCACACUGCCAAUUCACUAAAAGUCUAUCAAGGUAUUGUACAACAAAUGAUCUCUCAGAACGAACAGGAUCUUCUGCAGGCGUAUUCCCACACUGACCAUGAUCCAUUCGCAAAAUGGCACAGGAGGAGGGAAGACCACAUACUGUACUACGACUACAUGUACCGUAACAAACUGCUGACCUCUGGAGUUCAUGUCUCAGCAACUGAAUAUGAAAAAGUUUAUGAUACAGGAUACAUGCUGUAUAACCAGCUGCCUAGACAGAUUUAUAUAGAUUUGCAUGGAAUUUAUACAUUUUCUUUGAUAUUGGCAAUUGAUAGCACAGAGUUGUCAGCAUUUCGCAACUUAGAGCAUCUGCGUGUUUCAGUGUUGUUGUCGAGUUACUCGCUUUUGCACAUUCAUACCCAGAAGCAUGUUUCAUAUGUUAACAACACAGUUAAAUAUGAGGUAACAUUGAUAGAGCAAGGUAAGCUAGAGCACCAGGAGGAACCAGGGGAACACCUUCAUCCCAUUACCAUGCUCCUGCAAGUCUGGAACAGCAAUUUUAAAUGCAUAGAUCCAUUCCAUGUUGACGAUGCACCACAGGGAACAUACAGUAUGUCUGUGAUGUUAGGCUGCCCUCCUGCUGUGAAACUUGUAUUUGACGUCGCCUCGACCUUGGAUUACUUGGUGGAGACACGGCAGACUCCAUACGACUGUCCGCACCCUCAACCAGAAAUGCAUUGUUUCUACUACGGUCACACAUUUCAUCCUGUGUUUAAAUUAGUUGAUCUGACAACAGGAGUUGCUAACAAUUUUUCUAGUCUCUAUACACUUACUGUGAUUGGUGGCUCAGAGAAUUCUAUUGAUGACAUCACAAUCUUCAGCGAAGAGGAAAUUCAACUAUACAAUGCACAAGAAAACAUCGGAUCACUAAUAUGGAUGCCUUUAAAUGAGGAAAGCCGUGGGAAUAAGUCCAUUGCCGUCUUCUCAUCGGAAUACAAUGGCAUCCUGUGGCAGUGCCAAGAUGGUUCCCCAUGCGCCAACGUUCCCACCAACUUUCCUUGGUCCCCCGAGUACUUCUUUCUCAUUGAGAUUUCAAACUGGGAUGUCGGAAGAGAAUCAACCUAUUGCGGCUACAAAAUGCAAUUCAUUGUCAAAGUACAUGGCUUACAAAUCAGCUUCUACCGGUCAUUACGUAUCAUAGCGUUGGCAUUCUUAUUUUUCAUUGUGGGCAGUGGACUCUAUAUGUGGUGCAGAGAUGAUAACUGGAAAAAUUGGAAGCAUAUAAAAAGUUUUGCUUUCAACAAGAACCGUAUUGUGCCUGUCAUUAAAGAAAGUUCUUCAAGUGUUUCGGAUGUAGAAAGUGCUACGGGUUGGUAUACAAAAAAAUCUGAUUCUGGAAGUUCCAGUAGUGAACGUGUGAUGGAAGUAGUGGAAGGAAACCCGGAAAUUCUGCGGAUGAUGACACCCUCAGGAGUAAUACGUUUUCCAAAUAAUGAUGACGAAGGCACAAGUACAGGGCAAGCAAUGACAACAAAGAAAAUGAAUUUACUUUUUGUUGUUCAAGAAUGAUGUGUCACAACAUGAAAGGGACUAUACUAUGCACAGGAAGGGGACUACCCUUGGCACAGGGAAGGAAACAAGUGGGACCCUCGGGCACAGGAAGGAAAUCAAGCAUUUUGAAAACAAGGGGAAAACUAGAAGCAUGUUGGCCAUUUCAGAACAGUUUAUUAAUGGAAUUGGUACACAGUUUAAUCAUACUGUUACAGCCCCCCUCACCUGGUUCCAACAUUGUGCAUGCUGCUUAUGCAAUUCUCAGGAAGGAAUGUGAUAAUUGUAGUAGAUACAGCUGAAAUGCUGUAGACUGUAGUUUGUAACUUUGAAGAUUGCAACUCAGAUAUAUAUCCUUAGUCUUGGAAUGGUUCUGAAUAUAGUAUGAGAAUUUCUUAUCUAUGUAGUGGCAUGUAGAGGAGCAUCGAACUUACAGUAGCAUCAAAGACAGUGCACUCGAUGACCGAACAUACUGUGUUGACCGGUAGCAUCAAAGACAGUGCACUCGAUGACCGAACAUACUGUGUAUGCGUACCUUGAUCAGUACUGUCUUGCCAGUUUACAGGUCACAUUAUACACAAGAAGUUCUGAAUAUUUAUAUAGAACAUUGAAAAGAUCUAGUGCACUUUCUUAUGACCAUAAAUUUGAAAUUUAAAUGGCUCUCGAUCCCUUUUUAAAUUAUGAGACACAAUAGAAAAUUGCUAGAUAGAAAUUUGAUGAUUGUCAAUAAUCAUGACAGCCUUUGAUUGACAAUGUCAUUGAGGUGAACCCUCAAGUUUGUACCAAAGUGUAAAUAAAUAUCUGCUUUAUGUAAAUAGUACUACUGAGAAGUGUGAUUUGUUUCCAGUGCAGAUUGAGCAAAGGAGUGCACAAGGAAGGAAAUACAUACAUAAACAAUAUGUAUGU